UUCGUAGCCGAGGAUGAGUAAAUCGUACGAACCGCAGAUAAAAUGGAGAUCGAACGAGGUCGACGAGCUGGUGGCCAGCAUGAAGGAGCGUGACCUUUUAGCACUAUCGGACGGAAAGAAACGUCGCUCCCUGGAAGUGUUUAAGGUGGUGCGCAGUGAUCUGGUGAAGAAGGGCAUUUUUCGCACAGAGGAACAGAUACGCAAGAAAAUGAACGAACUACGGAAACAGUACUUUGAGGCCAAUCGAUCAGGUCCGGAAAAUCGCUACGAGCUGUGUGAACAUUACGAUGCGUUACACGAUCUAUUUACGGAUGCACAGCGCAAGCUGGACAAGCGAAAAGAAUGUUCUCGAGCGGGCCAUACUAGCAAGCGUCGCCAUUCGUCGCAGAAUGGUUGUCAGGAUGUGGCACAUACGGUGCAAGUGAAACUUUCCAAAUCGAACCGUGGUCGUAGUGUUAGUGGUAGCAGUGUUUGCAGCAGUGGAACAAGUGUACAUCCUAAUGGUGGCGAACAAAAUCCACCUUCGCAACAGAAUGGCGGUGGUGGUGGUGAAGCAACCGUACCAAAUGGUGGAAGACGGAGCAAUCCUUCACCGGCAACCGCACCACCAGCGUUGCCAGAUAAGUUCCACUUAAAACAGUGCACGUAUCAGCCUAAGCUUAAUAAUUCCCUGACAAAUUUGUGCAAAAAUGAUCGGUAUGCCGACGUUAUGUUGCUGGUAUGCAACGAAAAUGAUAGUAUUGUGAUUCCGGCCCACCGGCUCGUGCUUGGGACAUUUAGUCCGUAUUUUGCGAACGUGUUCGAGAAGUUUACGUUUGCAGCGUCGACGCCCAUUGUUUACGUGGCAUUGCCACCGAACGUGACACGAGCCGCCAUGCAGAGCUUGCUGCAGUACAUGUACACCGGAGAAGCGAUCGUACACUCCAAAAUACUGGACGAUGUGAUGACGUGCGGUGAAUUUCUGCGAAUUAAUGGAUUUUCCACCAAGAAAUCUAGUAGUUUAUUGAACAAUCGCCAAGGGCUUGUUUCGGUACCACUUGUUACCGUUACGAAAACAAUCAACAUGGAUGGUUCGGUGCGAAACGAGGCGAGAUACGAAGAAAGUGCAACACCAGCACCGACCACAAGUACGACACGUGUGUCUGCGCCACCGACACCUGUACCGAUGACAAUGCAACCGUAUUAUGAUUCACAAUCACCGCCCAGGAAAAUAGCACGACACUAUGAACCUCCCCUACAGCAACCGCAUCAGCAACAGCCGCUCUAUCAGCAGCCAAUGCAAAUGCAACCAUUACAGCACAGUGUACAACAGACAAUGUACCAAGAGGAUCUGCUAGAGCAACAACUAAUGCAGCAACAAGUACAGCAACGUUCCCAACUGAUGCCCCAACGUGCAGCUCAGUACGCCCACCAACAACAGCUGCAACCGUAUCAGCAGCAACACCUGUCCGAAGAUUUGUAUCAACCGUUACAACCACAACUGCGUCAACAACAACGCUACAUGAUGCAGCCACACCUACAACAACAGCCCGCAUUGCUACAGCAGCGCUAUCACGCGCAGCAACUUCAGCCACUUGAUCUGGACAUGGAACAGGAUCAACUGUCAGCUCCUAUGCUUCAGAUCCCACGUCAGCAACGGCAGCAAAUGAUGCCAACACAGCAGCUGCAAGAUAUGUAUCAGCACCAACCGUUGCCCCUUACCCGUCAACAGCUUAUUCAGACGCAACAAAGACAGGUUCGCUUAAACCAACAAAAUCUGGGACUGCUACAACAACCACAGCGACAAAUGACGCAAACAUCACUGUUCUUGCCGCAGCAGCAGCAGCAGCAGCAGCAACGUCAGCAGAUACAAUCACAACAGCUACAAGAAGACGAUGAUGAUCUGCAGGUUCCAGAACAAAUGCUUGAAUCGCAGCAAUUGCUGGAACCACUACAACAACCCCUAGCCAGACAACAACGCCAACAACCGUCAACAUCACAGCAACAGUCGCAACAACUUAUGCGAACGAAAACGCCACAACAGCAAAAGGAAAUACUACAACAGUCAAACGAUUUGUUGGAAUCACAACAACAACGAGAGCCACACCAAACGCCUCAACUACAGGAACCACAGGAUGAUUUAAUGCAACCGCAAGAGUUGCUUGACUCAACACAGGAACUGUUGACACCGCAACAAAGAAUGGCACCGCAACGACGUCCAUCGGUACAGCAAAAGAUACAAAACGAGCUAAUAAAGCCACAGGAAACGCUGGACGAGUCACAAGAGCUGCUAGCACCACAGAAAUCACCGCCCCAGCAAGAGCAACCAAUUCAACGGCCGAAGCAACAAGAGCAGCCAAAGCAACCGUUACGUCAGUUUGAGCAGCAAAAAAUACAAACAACGACCGAAUCUAAUGUCGUCAUUGCUCGCCCCGCAAAGGAUGUGAUUGCGCUGCCAAAGCCAAAUGAUCCUGCAUCUGGUAAAGUAGGCAGUAAUGUAGCUGCUACUGCUGCUCCUACUACUAAUAGUGCUCCGGAAAAAGAGUCCGAAACGACGCCAGGAAACGACUCGAUGGAAAGCAACCAGCACGAAAAGUCACUGAACGAUAGUGCGCAAACGCGAAGCGAUAGUGAGAUUGAAUUUUUAGACAAACCACGCAAAAAUAGUAUAUUCGAAGAGUUUCCGGAUCAUCGGAAGUUGAAGCAAAUUGAGGAUCACGAGCAACGCAAAAAGGACAUAAUUAAGGAGUACGAGGAGCAGCUGAAAAAACCUUCUAAAGUGGCUUCUGCCACCGCUGCUGCGCCAAAACAUCCGCUGGUGGAAACACCCGAAUCAUCUCCAUCGGUUGCUCCCGUUUCACCCAAAUCACCCCUAGUAGCGCAUCGUUACGCAUCGAAAUCUCCACUGCCAGCGACGGUUAGAACGACACUGCGCCAUAGGAAACCGUGUGCCCAGCGCCAACCAUCACCACCCUCACCCGGACCGGACAUUAUCGAUACGCUCGACAGUAUGGUGGUGCUUACAUCGGAUGAAUCGAUGAUGGAGAUAAUAGCGAAAUCGCCCGAAUCCCAAACGUCACGGUUUAGCACACGAUCGCACAGCCCGGACAGUCAGGCAAAGAUAGAUGCGCUGAUUGAGCACAUGAGCAUGCCGGACACGGAUGCGGCGAUCUUUGUCAACAGCUCGAUGGAGGAAGAGUCCUGUGACGAUUUGGACGAUGAUAGUAAUGAUCAUCAGGAGGGAACACCGCUGGAUCAGCUCGUUUCGUCGCGCUUAAAUUGUCAGCUGUGCUAUGAAUCGUUCACCACACCACCGGAAUGGGUGCAGCACGUUUCGGGCCAUUGUGUCGCCGAUAUGGGACUGUUGAAGCGGCGUCGAAUUUCGAACGAUGGCGAUAGUGACGUUUUCCGGUGUGACAUGUGCUCGUCGUACUUCAUAUCGGCCCAGGACUGGCAGAACCACGUAGCCAACCAUGAAGAUCAUGACGAUGUUUAA